UUCAGGGCCCGACGAACCUUUACUUCCAAUAUCCGCUGGAUUCUCGUCCGUGGGAACAUAUCUAUACUCGAUUUCUUUAUUUUGUCUUAUUUCCAUUACUCUAUUAUUUAUGAAGGUUUCUUUAUUUUUACUAGUUUUAAUCCAAGAAGUAGCAAUUAAAGAGUCGCUCCAGAGUAUUGUUUUUUCUAUUGGCUGUUUUAUCUCAUUGGUUACAAAGGAAAUAGCUCUGGUUCCUAUAAGAAUUGCGAGAAGCUCCAAUCUAGGGAUGGUCAACGUUUUUUCUUUGCCUUUAGGAACAAUUCUAUUUUUAGCAAAAAUUAGGCUUGUAUUUGUUUUAUGGGGACAUGUAAUUCUAAGGUAUAUAUUUACAGCGUAAGCUUUCAUAGAGGAAUCAGCGAAACAGUGCAACUGUAGAAUUUCGGUGUUAUCACAUCCAUGGAUUAUUUUUCUGGGCCUGCUGAAUUCCUGUUCUACCCAACCAUCUAUUAUUUGAUUUAUUUCAUUUAAUUCGUUUUCUUCUAAUUUAUCAUUCCAAUUUAUGUUACGAGCACAAAUUUUUUGAUAAAGAAGUUUAGCUGGAAGUAAUGUUGGACCAAUCAAUCCCAGCGGAUCGAAAAUUGAGUGAAUCAGUGACAGAAGUUCUCUUUUUGUCAUGUUUUGAUAAUUACCCCCUGGUAGUUUUUGACAAUACUCAUCCUUUUCUAUUUCCCAUUU